UAAGAACUGACAAAGUACAACUGAGACACGGGCUAUAAAUACACAGGGAUAAUGACGAAGACUAGAAAUACCUGAGACAAAUCAUAAACGAGGGAACCGAUAAGCAAUCAGAACUACAAACAGACAACAAAACAACACUUGCUUUUGAAAGUACAUUUCCGAAACCUCUGUAAGAAGAAGAAAUGAAUCUAAAACACAAUCCACAACUUCCUGACCAAGUGCAGUAACUCGUCAAAAAUAGGCAGUCACAUCUUGAUUUUACAGAUUGCAGUCUUCACUUGAGAAUGAUGAGUGGCGGGUCCUGCUAAAUUUAAUAAAGGAUGACAGUCGAAAAACGUCAGCAGUUUUAUCAGCGCACAUGCCUCUUGUUCUUCUUGGCAUUAGUGAUGUUUACUAUCAUCCAGAUAGUCAUCCAGAGAGAAAACAUCAGGCCACUACAGGACUUAGAGAUGCAUUUAAAGCUCAGUUCGGGCCCCAAUCCCAUUUCUGUAAACCUCUGGAACAAGAGUAUGGACAGACCGGCAGUGCCCACAACCUGGGAUAUCAUCAGCUCCAACUGCAGUGCCAACCGUUAUUUCUCAUCCCAAAAGUGGUUCACGAAUCUUGAAUCCAAUUUCCAGCAAUUUAUGCUUUACAAGCAUUGUCGAUACUUUCCUAUGCUAAUGAAUCACCCGGAGAAGUGUGCUGGGGAAAUUGACUUGUUGAUUGUGAUUAAGUCGGUGAUAACGCAACAUGACCGGAGAGAGGUGAUAAGGCAAACAUGGGGCAAAGAGCAGACGGUCGACGGGAAAAGGAUCAAAACCGUUUUUCUUCUCGGGGUGUCUUCCAAUCAAGAAGAGAGCGGCAACCAUCAAAAACUUCUGGAAUAUGAGGAUCAAAUUUAUGGGGAUAUCCUCCAGUGGGACUUCAUGGAUAGUUUCUUCAACCUCACCCUAAAGGAGAUUCACUUCUUGAAAUGGUUCUCCAUGUAUUGCAGAAAUGCCCGGCACAUCUUCAAAGGAGACGACGACGUGUUUGUUGGCAUUUCCAACAUCUUUGAAUAUCUGGAGGAAAGCAAAGACGUGAAAGACUUAUUUGUUGGUGAUGUUCUCUUCAGAGCCAUGCCCAUUCGCCAAAAGACGAACAAGUAUUACAUUCCUCAUGUCUUGUAUCAAAAGAGAAGCUACCCGCCGUAUGCUGGUGGAGGAGGUUUCCUGAUGGAUGGCCCCCUUGCACGUAAACUUUACAAAGCAUGUGAAACUGUGGAACUUUAUCCCAUCGAUGAUGUGUUUCUUGGGAUGUGUCUAGAAGUGCUUAACGUAACCCCAAUUCAACACAAUGCUUUCAAAACUUUUGGGAUUGUAAGCGAGAAAACUAGUAAAAUGAAUCGGGAUCCGUGCUUUUAUAGGAACUUGAUAUUGGUACAUAAAUUGCUCCCACCCGAUCUAAUCAACAUGUGGAAGAUGGUCAAUAAUGACUCGAUAGAUUGUUCACUGCAAAUUCAUGUCUUAAAGUCACAAGAUAUGUUCUGGCAUAAAAAAAAGAAUAUUCAACAAAAAUGUAAAUUAACUCUGAAGUCAAUCAAAUACAAAAAAAACAGAUUUCUGGACAACUUAAUAGCAAAUGAAGAAGCACGAUCACUGGGCAGGGCCGGAUUAACCAUACGGGCAACUGGGCAAUUGCCCAGGGGCCCAAUACCUCUGAAGGGCCCAGGGCAGCAAGGGCACAAGCAAAAUAGUUAAGACCCUCUCCUCAUUGAGAUCGGCUUCAGGUCGCCUAUUAGGUGUGUUCGACUUCAUGCGGCGCUGCGCAGACCGAUCGGCGGAUGACUUGAAGUAGUGCAUUCUGGUUAGUAAUUUUGUCCGACAUCAGCUGGCGCUGCAGGCACGUGACUGUGUCAUAUGGUUUUUAAGUAUCGCGAGAGUGUUUUGAGAGCAGCCGGCUAGCUCAGCCGGUGCAGCUUCUCCAGAGCGGCUGCACGGAGUUGUGAUGACGACACAGCUUUACGUGAUUGGUCGCCUCACUGAUGACAACGAUCACGUGCGUUUCAAGUUUAAUUCAACCUUUAGUUCCACUAAUAAACAUGAUAAAUUCAUGUUUUAAAACAGAAAAAAACACUUUAAUAUGCUUAAAUAUGUUAUAUUGUACAAACUAUUGGUAUUUUAAUAAUAUAGGCUUGUUUCCCGUUAUUUUCGGGUAUACAGUAUAAGCAGGAAUUAAAAUAUUCAAUAUAAAAUGUUUCUGGUUGCAACUUUUUAUUUAAAGGUUUGUUUUUAUCAAAUUCAGCAUCUAAUUCACUUCAUUUGUGUUUAAAAGCAAGGAAACACGGCGCACACGUCACUACGGCAAGCAGCAGGUGUCCAGCUUGACAGCUCCGUCUUCAGUUCCUCCCUCGACUGCAAGCGGCAAAUCUCGCCGAUCGGUCUGCGCAACGCCGGGUGAUCUUGAACACACCUAACCCCUCGUUCAGACAGCCAGCAACGUUAUCGCUGUGUGUCGCUCGUCUCUUUCAAUGAGGCGUUUCUAAAUCUGCUUGUCAUAAACAAAUGAGUACCAUCCAUGCCAGUAACUGUUGAGAGAAGGAUGACGUGAACUCCACUGCUCUGUUCUCAUUGGUAGUCGCUCCCGAAGUUCGCUCGUCAUUUGCAUAAAGUUAAACUUGUCUUAACUUUCUUGCGUCGCUGGACACGCCCAUACGGUCGCCAACGGUCACUUUCACUCGUGUCGCCGGAAGUCGCACGGUUUCCAUUGAAAUGAAUGAGACCGCGUCGCUCUGCUACUGCUGGUCGCUGGCUGUCUGAAUGGAGCGUAAUAGGAUUGUUCGACUUCAUCUGGCGCCGCAAGAAUCGACAGCCGGAUGAUGUCAAAGUACCACCAAAGCGA